CUGUGGACUCAUAAUCACACGAGAGACUCCAUUCACCUCUCCGCAGGAUCUGAGAAAAAGGAAAGCAGACGCUGUUGUUUAGCACAAGUUGUGUGUUUCACUCCAAAAGCCAAGAUGCCAGAAACCGCAGAAGCUGCGUCAGCCACUCUCACCACCAACAGAAACUGCACCAUCGAAAUAACCAACAUCAGCAGUGGCUACUGCCUCAUUAACCCCAAGGUCUACAUGUCCAGUGGUUUCUGUCACCACCCGCCCCAGCCGACGGUUCGUACCUCCAAGACUGAAGUGUGCUCCUUCACCAAGGACAACAACACCGCCACGGGCGCCGUCGGCCUGCUGACCUACGACCUGUUCCACAUGCAGAGCCGGGUUUGCACCCAGCGCAUGGCCAUCAUGUUCUCUGUGCCUUUUGACCACAACUUCUACAAUAACCGGCUGGCCGUGGGCGUGGUUGAGCUUUCUCGUGACUGCGACAAACAACUGUACAAGCAGCUGUAUGAUGGGAAAGACCUGACGAGCUUCACCCGCUCCGACACACACGGCUGUGGGCUAAUAUACCAGACCACAAAUUUUGAUCUGAGGGCUACAAUGUCUUCAAUUGGAAAAGCCAUUGUCAAAGUGGAGCUCUAUGAUAAAAUGGGUCAUUAGGUUGUAUUUCGUUGCUUUUGUACCCGACAGAAUAAAUAAACUUCAUUUGAUUUGAUUGCCGCCACAUGUCGGAUUCUGCUGUCAUCUGUACUUUGUGUCCACUGAAAGAUCUCAAUAUCUGACAGCCAGCUCAUUGAUUCUCCAUCAGCUAAUUUCUUGGGCUUAUGUGCAUUGUGCACUCCCUUUUUCUUUGAUCAUGGUAAUAAAACAUUCAGACUCAA